AUUAAGAGGAAUGUUUGGACGGUGGAACGUUUGAAGUGAGUUGAAAAAUGUGGAAGGAGUAGUCGCCAGAAAUAGGUGGAAUUAGGGCUUUGGAAAACCAGGAAUUCUGGAAUUUCUUUGAACUUGGAAAAAGGUUAGUUAGAAUUUCCAGGAUGGUGGAAUUUGUUGAAGGUGGAAUGGCUUUGAAUAGGUUGAGGAAUGUGGAAAUGGUGAAAGUUUGAAAAAUGGCCAAUUCAUUGUGAAUGAGAAAAAUGUCCCGAAAUCCUGAAAUUCUGGGAAUUUUUUGGAAUUUGUCAAGAGCGAGCCCGCGGUUCCCAAAUAGGCUGAACAGUUUGAAGUUGGAACGGUUUGAACCGGAUGAAAAAUGUGGAAGGUAGAGCGUGCCAAAAUCUGGACAAGAAUAAUAAUAAUAAAUAGAUGCAUUUUGGUGUAGAAAACCAUAUGUAUGUAUUGGAGCAUUCACACAAUAAUACAUGAUAAUACGAAGACAUUUAUUUUUGCUUAAUUAUUUUGAACCCAACAUUCCCAACCCUGACAAGAGACCAAAUCAAAUGUGGUUCUCAAGAAGAUGUUCAUAUUCUCAAUAAUAAAUGAAAUACACACUGUGCAGCUGUACCUGAUAAAGUACCUAGUGAGUGUGUUAGGUUAAAAAGUCCAGGACAAAAACUGAAUGAGCCCAGUCGGAAAAAACAAAAGGCGGUGGCAGACCACAACAUGUGAUGCACCCUGAGGGUCUCGCACAGUCAGGGUCUUUCUUUUUUUUUGUAUUUAAGAUUGAGACCAUGUAGUCACUCAGACAAGCACGUGUCACAGUUGGCUGCAUGUUUGCACGCCCACUAUCGGCAAGGAGGGUCUAAUCCCGGACUUUGGGCUGCGGUCGCGCAGAACUCCAAAGACCCCAUCGGAGAGCAUAGUUCAACCGACAUUAUGCCUGUCCUCACCCACCUGCUGGCGUGCCUGUUCGGCAUAGGCUCCUGGGUGUCCAUCAACGGCCUGUGGGUGGAGCUGCCCCUGAUCGUCCCCCACAUUCCGGAGGGCUGGUACCUUCCGUCUUACCUUUCCAUUCUCAUCCAGAUGGCCAACGUAGGGCCGCUGUUCGUCACACUUAUGCACCGCUUUCGUCCGGGAGCCCUCAACGAGGCGGCCGUCAUUUACGUCAUCAUCGCCCUGGGCACUUUGGCCAGUCUGCUGUUGGGUUUCUUUUGGAAGGAGACGGUGGUGGUGGCGGGUGUUCCUCGCAGUGUAGCUCUGCUCACGCUCACCUUUUUCCUCGCCACCGUCGACUGCACAUCCUCUGUGACUUUUCUGCCCUUCAUGAUGCGACUCAAGUCUCAGUACCUCACCACCUACUACGUCGGCGAGGGAAUGAGCGGCCUGCUGCCAGCUCUGGUGGCACUCAUCCAGGGUGUGGGUGUGGUGCACUGUGUCAACGCUACUCAGCCUCUGAGUCUGAACCAGAGCCUUAACACCACCGAUGCCUCUCCAACAUUUGAACUCUUGGCUCAGCAUCAGCCGGCCAACUUCGCAGCGGAGGUGUUCUUCUUCUUCGUUAGCGCCAUGAUGCUGGUGUGCCUGCUGGCCUUCCUGCUUUUGAACCAUCACCCAGCGGUGGCCAGAGAGACACUCAAAGGCCAGUACACCAACGGUGUCAAGGAGAGGAAGUGGGUGGAGGAGAGGCCCAUGAUGGACACAUACAGACCCUCAAGCCAGACAUGCAGAAGCAGUUUUGGCACUGGGAUGUACAGCUGGAUGCAGGUGUUCUACAUCUUUGUGAUUCUGGCGUGGACCAACGCUCUGACUAACGUGGUGCUGCCCUCGGUCCAGUCGUACUCGUGCAUGCCGUACGGGAACAAAGCUUACCACUUGUCUGCCACCCUGGCGGCCGUGUCCAACCCUCUGGCCUGCUUCAUCGCCAUGUUCUUCCCAAUAAGAUCCCUGUGGCUGAUGGGAGCGUUGACGUUGGUGGGCAGUGGCGUGGGCGCGUUUAUAAUAAGCAUGGCUGCUCUGAGUCCGUGUCCUUUGCUGGUGAAUGACGUCUCUGGUGGAGUCAUCAUGGUGCUGGCGUGGAUAGUCUUCGUUCUCACGCUGUCCUACGUCAAGGUGAUCGUCGGCGUGAUCCUGCGCGACGAGGGCCACAGCGCCCUGGUGUGGUGCGGCGCCGUGGUGCAGCUGGGCUCCCUGCUGGGCGCGGUGGUCAUGUUCCCCCUGGUGAGCGUGCACAGCUUGUUCGCGUCAGGCGACCCGUGCAACACCAGAUGUCCGUGAAGCCGGCGGGCGCUUGGCGGAAGGUCAGUUUGGAACUUUUUAUUUUCCCAGCUGUUCCAUGCUGGAAUGAAGUUAACAUGCGUACCUAAUGGUUUGGGUACUUUUUUGUAAUGUAACGUAAUAUACGACAUAAAGAAGAGGUGCCACGUGUUAGUGGCACCUUUUCUUUAUGUCGUAAAUAUCUCAAAUCUUAGUUGAAUUACUUGUGUAUAGAAAUCAUUCUUGUU